GCAGCAGGCAGCUGCUGAGGAGCGAGCUGGGAGGCGACUCCAGCCUCCUCUCCAGCAAAUUGCGCCUCCUGUACAAUGGAAACUAAGCGGUCGAGUAGCAGAAGGGAUGGAGGGCAGAGCUGCCGGGCAGGUCAGCAGGGGUCAUGAGGGUGUCGGAGGCCCCGGUUGCUGUUCAGCGCAGCUGAAGCAGACAUGGGCAAAGAAGUCUCGGAUGGCAUCGGUAGGCUCAGCCUCAUCGACUUCACCAGCUACAUCCUCCUUCGCCACAACCACCACUGGCUACGUAUCAAGUUCUCUCUAUUUGCCAGCAUCUCCCAGUAAGACUUUGCAAUGAGAAUGUCCGAUACUGCUGACAGUGAAACGAUGAAGGUUUCCGAGGCCACCGACCCGGUGUCAUCUCCAAAAGACAACGCCACCAAGUCUGAGGUUUCGGACCAGAGCCAGAGCAGCAGAGAUGAACACGGCAGCAACAGUAAGAGGGACAUACAGCCUGUGAAGUACUCUAAGUCCAACACCAGGCUAAAGCUCGUGCGGAGCCUGGCAGUGUGUGAAGAGUCCUUUCCUUGCCCUAUUCCUGAGCCUUCAGCAGCACCUCAGGAUGGAUUCCUUCUCCAGCCCCUUGAAAAGGAAGAACGAGCCACACAGGACCAAGCUGAGAAAGAGGACAGCUGUGACAAGGUGGACAAACCUGAGAAAACACAGAGAAAGAGGCUGUCAAGAGAUUCCAGUCAAGACUACACAGAUUCAACUGGCAUAGAUCUCCAUGAGUUCCUGGUCAACACAUUGAAGGGCAACCCCAGGGAUCGAAUCAUGCUUCUGAAGUUGGAGCAGGACAUCUUGGACUUCAUCAGCAAUAACGAAAGCCAAAAGAGAAAGUUUCCGCCCAUGACGUCUUACCACAGGAUGCUGUUACAUCGAGUGGCAGCCUACUUUGGCAUGGACCACAAUGUGGACCCCAGUGGAAAGUCAGUGGUGAUCAACAAAACCACCAACACUAGAAUACCCGAUCAGAAAUUCUCAGAGCACAUCAAGGAUGACAGGGCGGACGAUUUUCAGAAACGCUACAUUCUCAAACGAGACAACUCCAGCUUUGAUCGUGAAGACAGCACGAUUCGAAUGCGUUUGAAAGCUGACAAGAGGAGCAAAUCGAUGGAGGAGAGGGAGGAGGAGUACCAGCGAGCCAGAGAAAGGAUAUUUGCACAUGAUGGAGAUCACUUCAUACUAGAUAGAAGCGCUCAGGAUGAAGACGCAUGCAUGAGCACCCAACAGAGGCGGCAAAUGUUCAGGUUACGGGCCGGCCGGUCGGGCGCCAGCCGGCAGAGCAGCUCUGAGACGGAAACGCUGCCGCGGCACGGCGAGCCUCGGCCGUGGAGCAGCACCGACAGCUCGGACAGCUCCAACCAUCUCGCCCCGCGGCCCGCCAUCACCAAGGCCAGCAGCUUCAGCGGCAUCUCCCCCGGCCUCGUCCGAGGGGACAGCACAGCCAGCAGCAAGAGCACCGGGAGGCUCUCCAAAACAGGUUCAGAAUCAUGCAGUAGCGUCGGUUCCUCGUCCAGCUCGCUGUCCCGUCCCCAGCUGCCUCUCCCAGUUCCAGCCUCGUCCCGGUCUAACAUCCCCAGCGCGCCCUUAAUCCACUCAGCCGCCGACACCAGAGGCCCUGGACACCCUGAGAUGAUCAAGAGCGUCCCUUCACAGCCACCACCAGCUACAGACGCAACCAACUAUUAUGUGUUGCCGAUAGAAGCCUCAGGGAUACCACCUGGCAGCGUCCUGGUCAACCCCCACACAGGCAAGCCUUUCAUCCAUCCCGAUGACAGCACUGUAGUUUAUAACCCGGCGAGCAUCGUCUCCGCUGCUGGCAGGAACCCGCAGCAGGGGAAAACCCCACAGCAGACAAUCUCUGCCGUGAGCCAGCAACAGGCAGCCAAUCAUCUACACUCCCAGCCGAUCUGUCCUCCUCUCCAGCCGUCCUCCGAGCCUGUCCACAACCCAACGGUUUCUUAUCCUCUUCCUCCUCCUCUUCCUCCUUCUCAGUUCCUGCCCAUCUGUCCUAACCAGCAGUACACUGUGCCUGACGUCCUAAACGCCCAGUUCAGUCACAUGACUCUGGCGCAGCAGCCACCCAGUGACAGCGGAGCUUCAGCUCAAGACACCCGCCACUAUCAGACGGUAUACCACCACCAGCCCUCCCAUGUGGUACUGCAGGGAGCCCCUCCGCAGCAGGUCGCCAGCUACAUGGUGGCAGGGCCAUCAGGGGGACACUCAGGGGUGCUACAGGGUCAGCCGAUCCCGCUCCCGACUCCAGGCCCCGGCCAUUCAUAUUCCAGCUCCACCCCGGGCCCCGCUGGUUUUCCCGGGUCCACGCUGAACCAGCCGCUGCUCCAGCAACACGCUUACAUCCAACAGCCUGUCCAGCAGAUGUCCACGUGUUACUGCUCUUCAACCCACCACCCACACUGCUCCACCCAGCAGCAGCAGCAGCAGCAUUACCGGCCCCCCGUCAACCCGCUGCCCUAUAACUGCCCACAGAGCCAAAACCUGCCCCAGCAACAAGUGCACCAAGCCGUGAUGCCAAACCCAGCGUCCAGCUACCAGACUGUAGUGGGCGUGCAGCCAACACCCAACCUCGCUCUCACUGGCAACCAGCAAAGCAAUAUGGGCAACCAGAUGCAAGGCAUGAUGGUCCAGUACCCUCCAAUGCAGUCUUAUCAGCAGGUUUCUGUGCCACAGCAGACGUACCAGCAGCCAGUGUUUGUGUCCUGCCAGCCAGGACAGGGGGCAGUGGCUGUUGCUGGCAUGCAGCCCUGCUACAGCCUGCUCCCCCCUAACCAGCACACCACCAUGAGUUCAACAGUGAGUUUCCUGCCCGCUCCGAUGAUGGAGCAGCUCCAGUUUCCACAGACCUCGUCCCCUUGCAUCUCCCAGCAGCACCCAGGCCAGCAGUAUGCAGGGUUGUUACCCCCGGCCCCCGGCAGUGGCAUGGUGAUGCUGCAAAUGACUGCGGCCCCCUGCCAGCAGCCCCGGGCCCCCUCCCCCUGCCAGCGGAAGCAGCCCGGCUACAAACACCCAGGCCCUGAGCACCAGCGCAGCCGCAGGCCCGCCGAGCUCCCUCCACCUCCAGACAACAACGCCCAGAGCAGCCUGCCCUCGUCCCCGGCGCUCACGCCCUCGCCAGGCCAGCCCCCCAGCGUCAAGGGCCUCCCAUCAGGCAUCUCGUCCAUCCCUGUCAUGGCCCACCACCCGCACCCGCACCACCACCACCCGCAGCUCCCUACAGCCUUCUGUCACAGUGGACAAGGUGAAGCGCACUACUCUCUACUGGGCCAGCCUCUGCAUUACAAACCCUCCAUCAGACCUCCGCUGAUCCACACUGCCCACAUGGUGUCCAAACACCAGGGUCCACUCGGGGUUUGGCGUAGCGGUCAUGGGAGGAAGGCCAGCAGAAAACCUCUGUCUUCAGAUCUCAGUGUAGGUGAAGCAGUGAGCAGUCAGAUCCUGGAAGUGACAGAUCCUCCGGAGGGGAUCAGCUGUACAGACUCCCACCACCUCCUGGCAGAGCUCUGCAAAGGGGGCGAAUUGAUCCUGCGGCUGUCGGACCAUCAGCCCCGGCUGUGCUACACAACCAGAGACACUCCCGGCGGAGACCUGGCCUCAUCAUACUCUAUCUUUGCCAUGCUCCCUUCCAGAUACGCCGCCCCGAGCACUGCGCUCCACCACAGCGGCCCCCAGGCCACCUUUAAACUCCGAACUAGCACCAGACACAAAGGGGAGCUGCAUGACUCGGACAAAGCCGGCUCAUAGCUGCUAAGAUCUCGGUGCAACUAAGGAGCGCCACACGAACGCACAUCCAACCACCUGCCUCUGCUGCCUCAGUCUGGACCGUCCCCCAGACUCUGUCUAAAUCAAAAACAGUAUCAAAUGUUUGAAGAAUGAAUGUUCACUUUUAUUUUCUUUUAGUUUCUUUUAUCGUUUCUCUGGCCAACAGGUCUGUUCAGGGUGGAAACCGAGCACCACCUACCACUUCGGUUCUGUUUGUAAGAGGCAUCAGUGACUGCCUCUGUUCUAAAAUUCAAGUUUGCUGUUAAAGAGUGAAAAUGUCUGGAGAGCUUUGGGAUUUACACGCCAGCUAAGAUGUUCAUGUCUCCACUGUGGUUCUUUUGAUAGCAGGCGUGUGAGUGUGACAGUAAAACGUACACAUAAUCUACGUGAUCCUGGUUCAAGAACGGUUUUGUGGCCACUUUAGAGGAUAUAAUUUAGCAUUCAUAUCAAAGCAAGAGUUUAUUUGUUUUAUUUAAUUAACUUUGAUCAAUAAAUCCCUCAGCUGCAUCCCAGUUAGAUCUCAGUCACUGGUCCAUGAAAGUGAGGAGCAUCUAUCUCACGUUCUAGGUACAUAAGAAUGGGUUUCCUCUUUUGUAUAACAUGCUCCCAACAGUAACACACAGCAGCAGUUGUACCAUGUGAGCCCAUCCAAUAAUAAACACUGAAUAAUAUACUACCUGAAAUAUUUAAAGUCACUUUUAUACACAGUGAAUGUUGCAUUUGCACUGAAGUGAUGAUCAAGAUGGAGAAUGGGUGAAAUCAGACAGGGCCUGGGUUUCCUUUUAACCCCUCAUACACAUGUUUGUUGCACUCAGCCAGGCCACUUCCUUUUAUAUUUAAUUAAAAUGUUUAUAUGCACAAGAGAAAUGCAAUCAAUUUCGUCACUCUACUUGGCUUCAUUUUUUUUUUUUUUUUUUUUUUUUUGGAUUUCUGUUUGUGUGAAUCACAAGAGGUGUUCUGUGUCUUGUGUGGCUUUAUUUCUUUAUUAUUAUUUUUUGUUUGUUUAUUUGUUUGUUUGAGUCUAAUAAAUAUUUUCACCACA